GCUCAGCUGAGAACAUAGAACACAACUCUCAAGCAUUUUCCUUCGUACAGCCGCUUGUCUGACUGCCGCGAGUUCGAACUCUACUGGUUCCGCACCCACCAGCGCCAUGGAGAGCUCGAGGCUGCUGCGCAAGAGGCGAGCGCCCAGUCGAGCGACGCUUCGCCGCGUCAAGCCGCGCCGUGGGGAGCGCCUAGUGGAGCUGGUGCGUCCCGGGCAACCGGUGGGUGAAGCCUGGCCCGUGUCAGACUUGCGCGCUUUUGACGCCCCAACGGAGCCUUUUUGCGAGAUCAACUACGGUCCGCUCUUGCGCGACGUGCUGCGGGCGCGUGGCUGGCGGUACAGUUGUGAGCCAUGCCACGGCGUGUAUGACAAGGACAGUGACAGGAGCACCUUCUACAUCAAGGAGUUCGAGGCUUGCUUGAGGGGCAAGACGCCUCUCCAGCUCUUUGGGAAAGAAGGUGCAUCUGAGGAUGGCUAUCGCUUGCAAACCUUGAAACUGCCGAGGCAUGCCCUGUGGAUGCUUGGUCGCUUGCCAUACCGGGUCCCUGGCACCGCACGAGAUCAGUGCCGUGACCGGGAAGAUUUCGUGCAGCUGGUGACGGAGUAUGGUGCGAACCUGCCCGGCAAGCCGGGCAACUACCGGAUUGCGAAAUUCCCAGGGACGGAGCGUAUUUUGUUCAAGACCAACUUCUCCAAGGCCUUCAAAGACAAAGCUUGGUAUCCCAAGACCUUCAUUCUGCCGGAGGACAAGGCUGAAUUUCUGAAGCAGCUUCGUGUACAGCCGCGGAGCUUGUGGAUCGGCAAGCCGCGGAACGAGUACGGCGGUGCGGGAAUCUCCGUGUGGUGGGCAUCGGAUACGACAUUGAAGCGAGGCCUCAGAGAGGACCAGAAAGGCAGGUCGAUCAUGCAGCAGUACCUGGCAGACCCUUUCCUUAUCGGAGGCUACAAAUUCCACAUGAGGAUCCAUUUGGUCAUCACCAACUUGUCACCGCUGGAGGCAUUCGUGCAAGAGAACGGGCAGUGCCUUUUCGCGACGAAGCCUUACAGGCUCUCCGAUCAGACCUUGGGGAAGAACUUUGACCCCCCCGUGCAUGUGACCAACAUGGGUCUCAAUGCGGUGGCAGAGAACAAGGACAACUUCUUGAAGGAGAAGCCGGUCAUCGGGAAGGGCCAACAGAUCCGCAUGCGCCAGCUGAUGGCCCAUCUUGCGAGCCUGGACCCCAACUUUGACAAGGCGGUGAUUUGGCAGCAGAUUGUGGACAUCGCGCUGGAAACCUCCGAAUACAUCGCGCAGUCUAUCUCGCGACGCUUCAAAGUCACGCCAGAUCAGCAUUUCGAAAUCUUCGGCAUGGAUUUGAUGUUGGAUAAGAAGAUGAAGGUCUGGAUGUGCGAGGUGAACACAGAUCCCGGGCUCGGCUACCCCGACAAAGAAGUCUUGGGAUCUCCCAACCCGGACUACAAGAAGGAACUCACCGCCUGCGCUGAGACGUUGCAUGACCUUUUGGCACUCCUGGGCCUGGACGCGAAUCAUGAGCAAAGCCAAGGCUCCCUGCGACACUGGUUCAAGGUGCAGAGGAAGUCUUUACCAUGAGCAUUUUUUCGAGUUCCAGGUGAACUCUGGUGACGGGCACUUGUUGUAGAGUGAGUUCGUUUGAAGCCAUUGAAUACUCAUUCAAUGAUUAAA